UGGCUCAAGACUUCGUGCUCCAAGCUGGGCUGGGUUUGCUGGGAAUUCCAGCGCACAAUACCUCUUGCAUUGGAAGACGCCCGCCUUCUCCGCGCCCCGAACUGGCGCCAUGACCCGCGGGGCGCAGCUGGACCUGCUGCCAGGGUGCGUCGGCGUCGGGGCCUGCCCCAAAGCGGAAGACUGGCCCUGCAUGCCGGCCGCCCCGAUCUGCUGCCCCUACGACGCCUCCGACGUGCCCUCCUACUCGUCCGCCGGCGACGGCGACGACGCGGCGCCCGCCCCGCUUGCCGCUGGCCCGGCGCGCCCCGGCGAGGAGCUCCAGGGCGACGGGCCCCGCCCGGAGGGAGAAGCCUCGCCCCCGGCGCCGACCGCCCCGGGCUGCGGCGAGUUGCGCACGUCUCCCGGCCUGCUCGCCGACGAGGACGAGGGCGGCUCGGGCCCUCCGUGCCACAGCGUUCCGCUCCCGGCGCCGCGCCAGUGGCGGCUCCACGAUCCAGGAGCGCCCCCCGGCCUGGAGCCCCGUGACGAGGUGCCCUCGCCAGAUGACCCCAAGAAGGACAGCGUCCAGGCUGGGCGCACGCCCCUCAGCUCGAAGGCCUGGGCCUACGUCCCGGCGGCCAGCCCCGAGAAGGCGGCCGCGAGGUGGAGGGGAGGCCGGCAGGCUCCGAGGAGCCGGUCCGUGCAGGGGCGCACGACGGUGAUGAUGCGCAACCUGCCCUACUGCUACUCGCGCCAGAUGCUGAUCGACCUGCUGGACUCCAAGGGCUUCUGGGGCGAGGGGCACGGUGUCGGAUGACUUCCUAUACCUCCCGAUCGAUUUCGAGUCCGGGUACCACGUCGGCUACGCAUUUGUGAAUCUGACACUGUCGGAGCACGCCGUUCGAUUCAUGGAGAUCUUCAACGGUUUCAAUGACUGGACGCCAAGACGUGACAACAGGAUUUGUGAAGUCUCCUGGGGCUCGAUACAGGGGUUUCAUGCGAACGUCGAGCGCUUCGAGACAAAACAGCUGGUCAUGGAAGGUCUGCCCGAGAGGUGCAAGCCCGUCGUCUUCAUCGAUGGCGUGCAGCACUCGUUCCACACCUUCGUCGAGUGCAAGCAGCAGUUGAAGGGAUGCAUCGAUCUCGAGCUGUGCCCAAGCUCGUUGUAAGGGUCAGAGCCCGCGUCCGGCAGGCUUUUAACCCACGACCUCGCCGUGCCGUUUGUUCCGACGCGCGGCCUUCCGUCCUGGGGAGGGCGCCGCGGUCACCAGAGCAAGCGCCGCCUCGGGUGCAGGGCUUGCCUUAGGUUUGCCGUGGGUUUGCUGCGGUGUCGGCGUCGUCCAUUUGGGUGCGUCGAAAACAAACGGCGCGGCGACAUAUACAGUAGCUACUAGUGCCUGUGCCACCAAUCCUUGUUUGGCCGAUGUCAGGCAGCUUGUGCCGGCAUGGUACAUCGCUUGGUGCAGCAAGGUGUGAAUAGAUAGGGAGGUAGCUGACUGAUGUUGGGUGGGACGAUGUUUCAUAAGCGUAACAGGCAGACGUCCCAGUUCUCAUUGCGUUUUGCUUGAUUAUUUGGCGGGUCCGACGCGUGCAACAUUGUGGUCCACUCUGCCAAGUACACGUGCGCUGACGCCGUUUUUUCCAGGUCCUUGCAGCGAAGUCUCGGCGGACUUGCUUGUCUUGCUCUCGACUCCUAGUCAACUCGCCCAGGCCACGCGCUUCUCGCCUCACAGUUGAGUGCAGUGCGUUCCGUUUCCCUAGGCACCCACAGGAGCUGCGCGACCGUGCCCCUUGUGGAGCUUUGGGCCCAGGAUCCGGUCGCCGCUUCCGCGUCGCCUCUGUGGCCGUUCUGCUUCCUUCUACCCGCGGGGAAUGUCGUGCGUGGACGCUUCGCUGGCACUUCUGGGGGAGUGACGGUGUUCCUCUGGCUCUGGCCAGGGCCCACUCCCUUGGUUCGGCUGGGCCUCGUCCUCGUCGUCCCCCUCCGUUUGCUCCUCCUCCAAACUUUUGCACUGAGGCGUGCCCAGCGGCAUGAGAUGAGGGGAGGGG